UGUUGAACUCAGGCGCCACCUGUACAGUGCUGUGUGUGCCAAAAACCGGAUAAAAAAGACAGUUGCACGAAAGCACCUUGGACUUAGUUGGACUUUUUUGUCUAAGCCAAACAACCUAAAUGCGAUAAAUUUUCGGAAGAAAAGAAGAGAUGCUCUAAGCCAGGACAUGUUGACUAAAGUUGCCAGAUUCUACAAUCGGGUCGACAUUGCAAGGGAGAUGCCAGAUGCACGCUCCGCUGUCAACAAGAAGGCAGGCAAGGUCAUGGAGUGUUCCAUGAAAACAGCUUAUUCGGAAUUCAAGGCUGAAAAUCCAGCUGUCUCACUGAGUUUCUCUAAAUUUUCAGCUCUUAGGCCUAAGAACUAUAAGCCUGUCUCAAAGACAAAACUACUCCAAUGCCUUUGUGAGUAUUGUGUUAACAUUAAAUUUAAAGUAGAAUCCCUGUAUGUUAAGUGCAUGAAAGUUAACAAAGCAGAUAUUGCUUUGCGAAACAAGUAUGAAGCUUCUUCAAAGACGCUGUGCGAAGUCCCAGGAAUGUUCCCCAAGAAGGAGUGCCUUGACAGAACAUGCAGCAAGUGUGGCGUUUGUGAUGUGUCUAAGCAACUUGAACCUCUCCUACAAGGCCAUGGGGAUGAUCCUAUAAAAUGGAAAGUGUGGGUCAGCGAGGCUUACACAAAAACAAGUAAGGAUGGUACCAACACUGAGGCCAAACACUUCGUCUUGAAGGAGAAGACAGAAACAGUAGCAAGUCUAGUUUAUGAACUGACAGAAGAGCUGAAGCCAUUCUCGAAACAUCUGGCAAAUGCAAAAUGGCAAGGAAGACAGUUCGAAUUAUUGAAGAACAACAUCCCUGACAACUGGUCCCUCUUGUGCAUGGAUUUUGGGCAGAAUUACAAUUGUCACUUUCAAGACGAAGCACAAAGUGCUCACUGGUCAUAUGAACAGGCAACUAUCCAUCCUAUUGUUGCCUACUACAGGUGUCCACAGUGUGAGCAACCAAUGCAUGAAUCCUGCAUUUUCAUAAGUGAAGACAGGAAACAUGACUACCAUGCUGUGCAACAUUUCAUCACCAUCACAAAUCAACAUCUGGUUGAUCAA